AUGACAGUACUACAUGACUCUAAAACCUGUUAUGCCAUCAUGGUUCCCCGCUACACGUAUGCGCAUCGUACUUCGCAAUUUGUUGACUUGCUCGUCUGUGGCGUUCUGCUUUGCUUGUUCUUGGGACUGAAGCUCAAAUGGAGGGUCAUGAGGAUAAUCUCCACCAAAACGCAAGGAUGUGAACGGAAGCCGCAUCGCACUUGCAUCGCACUCACGCUUAAGGACAGCAAGAACAUGAAGUCCGGGGAAGACCUUGUGUUCCUCUUACUCCACCUCAACAAACGCUCCAUAUCUCCUCCGCUUUAUCCUCUCCAACAUCGACCAGCCGCCGAUCCUUCGUAUCCAAAACGAUACUUAAUCUUCAAAAUCACGUGGCAGUCAAAGCCGCGAUCUGGCGCAAAACGGAGGGGAGUUUCCUUGUUCGGGACUCAAAACACGGAUAAGGGCUCGGUCUUCCAUGUAAUAUGCCGCCUCGGAGGCUGCAUCGCUCAUGAGGAUUUUGGUCGGUUCGUAUUCCGGCAUACUGGAUUGUGA